UAGAGACAUCUGCUUUUUGCAGCUGCUGGAUAUUGCUGUGUGGGUAACAACUCCCUGGCAGAGCUACCUGGUGAGGAGUAAGUGAUUCUGCACUCUUAGAGCAAAGAAGUUUCUUCACAUCAUCUGAGAAGAAAGGAGGAGAAAAGGAACUGGGGAAAAAGCAUGAGUUCUGCAAGUACAGAGUCCCUUGACCUCUCAACCUUCUAUGAGUAUUAUGAUAAUUAUAACGAUGCUCCAAAGCCGUGCAGUAAGGAAAGCGUCAGGAUAUUUGCAGCCUCCUUCCUACCAGUUCUGUAUAGCCUAGUAUUCCUGGUCGGGCUCACUGGAAACAUUCUGGUCAUUGUGGUCCUCUUCAAAUACAAGAGGCUGAAGAGCAUGACUGACGUGUACCUGCUAAACCUCGCCAUCUCAGAUUUGCUCUUUGUUUUAUGCUUGCCGUUCUGGUCUUAUUUCGCGCUAGACCAAUGGGUUUUUGGAACUCCCUGGUGUAAAGUCAUUUCGUGGAUCUACCUGGUUGGGUUUUACAGUGGUAUAUUUUUUAUUAUGCUUAUGAGCAUAGACAGAUACCUAGCAAUUGUUCGUGCAGUGUUUUCCUUGAAAGCAAGGACUGCUUUCCAUGGCUUGGUUACUAGCCUUGCCAUAUGGCUCGUAGCUUUCUUGGCCUCUGUUCCUGAGCUUGUAUUUAGAGAGUCUUUUAAUGAAAAUAAUUAUACUACCUGCAAGCUGAGAUAUCCAGGCAAUUUCACAACAUGGAAACUUUUUUCCACUUUGGAAAUUAACAUUUUAGGGCUCCUAAUCCCUUUUAUAGUUAUGACAUUUUGCUACUCCAUGAUCAUUAAAACAUUAGUUCACUGUAGAAAUGAGAAAAAGAAUAAGGCUGUGAAGAUGAUCUUUGCUGUCAUGAUUGUGUUUUUCUGUUUUUGGACCCCUUACAACAUUGUUAUUUUUUUACAACUGCUGGAAACUACAGGAGUCAUUAGAGACUGUCAAGUGAGCAGGAAUCUGGACUAUGCUUUCCAGGUAACAGAAAUCCUUGGCCUUUUUCACUGUGGCCUCAAUCCAGUCAUCUACUUCUUCAUGGGGGAAAAAUUUAAGAAGUAUCUGAAGAUGCUCUUUAAGAACUGGCAUUUACCUGGGUAUAUUUGCAAGUGGUGUGGAGUUCACAGCACUUACCACACUGAAUCUACAAGUUCAUUCCACACACAGUCUACGGGGGAUCAAGAUGCUCUGUAACGUGUUUCAGACCAACCACUGAACUCACCAGCAAGCAACUGACAAAAGCAAGAACUUUGAAAAGCUAAGCAAAUGCAGAUGCAUUUAACAAUAAGUUAAUGCCGUGUAAUUACUUACUUCAGCUUUAUUUCUGCCUCUAGAUUUUCUGGGUGCUAUGACAGAAGGUGUCCAAAAUGAGAAACACGGGAGGGGGACAUGCAAGUUUUCUCUGCUGGGAUUACAAAUCACUGCUCAGCUGUAAGGGCAGCCUCAGCUCUCUGCAAAGCACCGCGCCAUGUGGCUUCUUUUUCACCAGCAUCAAGACAUUGGCCUGGAUGGAUGGGCAGAGGCAAGACAGCAGCUUGUCAUCAGCACAUACGCUCAGAAAAUACGUUCAUUUAUUCAAGAAGGAUGGUUAUUACCUUUUUUUUUUUUUUUUAUUCUACAGUUGAUCUAUGUAGGCCUUGUUCACUCGUGACUCUUAGGAAUCCAUUAACAGUACUUGCUACUGUUAAAUAUUUCAUCUGAGGGGGAGGAUACACCGUCUGACAUUAGUGAAAAAGGACACAAAAUAUAUUCUUUAUGUGCACAAACAUGCAAAGCCAUUAUGUUGUGUUGUAGACGUGUUUUUUUCUUAGGUUGACAUAUAUGCCUAUACAUAGGUAUAUAUAUAGGCAUUUUGAAUUACUUUAUCACUGUUAUUCAGGAUACAAAUUCUGUAGUUUUAUUAACGUAA